GCCGGGCGGAGCCGGGCGGAGCGGGGCGGUCGAAGCGGGGCUCGCGGUGUGAACUUGGUGCGAGCCUCGCUGUCAGCGCGGUUCUGCGGUGGGCUCGGCGUUCCGCGGCCCGUUUUUGCGGAGGGUCUUCGACUGCGGUGUUUCGAGCCGGCAGGAAAGAAAAAAACGAAAGUGGCGAAGCCGAGAGCGCGCGGCGUGAGCUGGGGGGAGCGGCGGAGCGAAGUGAGCUGUUCGCAGGGAAGCGCCGUUCGGAUCCAGAGGGUGGCACUGGAUUUACAUAAACCGAUCCGUUUCCUUAUCCUGGAUACUUCAACGCCUGCUGUCAUUCUAAACGAUACGCUCUCCGCGAACACUGCGGUUUCAGGAGUAUAAAAAGUGGUGUUCGUGCCUCUUGCACUCGUGUGUUCAUACACCGGUUUUUGAGUGCGUGCCUGAAACUUCUCGUGUCCGGCAGGGAGCCCUUGAGAUGACAGCCAUGGCAGAAUUCAACAACGUUCAGGCAGUGUCUGAAAUGCCAGAAGAAGGUGAAGCUAAACGUGGCUUCUAUCACAGAAUGUUUUUGGAACCUCAGGAGGAGAAGAGGAACCUGAAGGCUCUGAUGGUUAAACAAGUGAAGAAAACUUGCAGCUGCACUCCAGCGAAAGUUAAAGACUGUGCUUUGAGUUUCUUUCCCAUCGUGCAGUGGCUUCCUAAGUACAAUCCAAAAGAGUGCUUACUGGGAGACAUAAUGUCUGGUGUGAUUGUGGGGGUCUUGCUAGUCCCACAGUCAAUUGCUUAUUCUCUCUUGGCUGGGCAGGAGCCUAUUUAUGGCCUUUAUACGUCCUUCUUUGCAGGCAUUAUUUAUUGCAUAUUUGGAACCUCUCGCCACAUCUCUGUUGGUAUCUUUGGUGCGCUCUGCCUGAUGGUGGGACAAGUGGUGGAUCGUGAGGUGCUGAGAGCCGGCUAUGAGUUGGAGCCAGCUGCUCUCAGUGACCGCAUGGAUACAGCAGUGCACGUGAACUCCACCGCUGCGCCUGUGAACCAGACAUUACAGAAGCUGCUCUGUGAUAAAACCUGCUACGCAAUAAAAGUGGGAGCCACCAUGACCUUCAUAGCUGGCGUUUAUCAGGUGGCCAUGGGUUUCUUUCAAGUGGGCUUUGUCUCAGUGUACCUCUCCGAUUCAUUGCUCAGCGGAUUUGUCACAGGUGCCUCCUUUACCAUCCUGACGUCCCAGGCUAAGUACCUCCUGGGUCUGGACAUUCCACGGAGCAGUGGCGUCGGCUCCCUCAUAACCACGUGGAUAAACAUCUUCAGAAACAUACACAAGACUAACAUGUGUGAUGUCAUCACCAGCUUUUUGUGCUUUCUUGUUCUUAUCCCAACUAAGGAACUUAAUGAACAUUUUAAAUCCAGGCUCAAGGCUCCAAUUCCAGUUGAAUUAGUUGUGGUUGUGGCAGCUACUCUGGCAUCUCACUUAGGGAAGCUGAAAGAAACCUAUGGCUCAAGUGUUGCUGGGCACAUCCCAACUGGCUUUCUACCACCCAGCCCUCCUGACUGGAACCUGAUUCCUAACGUGGCAUUGGAUGCUAUCCCCAUCGCUGUCAUUGGCUUUGCCAUCACUGUUUCCCUCUCAGAAAUGUUUGCCAAGAAGCAUGGUUACACCGUGAAGGCCAACCAGGAAAUGUAUGCCAUUGGCUUCUGCAACAUCAUUCCCUCUUUCUUCCACUGCUUCACAACAAGUGCAGCUCUUGCUAAGACUCUUAUUAAAGAGUCAACAGGCUGUAGAACACAGGUUUCUGGCGUUGUGACUAGUUUGUUAAUCCUAAUAGUCCUCCUUGUGAUUGCACCUUUGUUUUAUUCCCUUCAGAAAUGUGUCCUUGCUGUCAUAACCAUUGUAAACCUCAGAGGUGCCCUGCGGAAGUUCAGAGACCUGCCAAAAAUGUGGCAUUUGAGCAGGGUGGACACGGUGAUCUGGCUAGUUACUAUGGUGUCCUCAGCACUCAUCAGUACUGAGAUUGGUCUUCUGAUCGGUGUUUGUUUCUCUAUGCUUUGUGUCAUUUUUCGAACUCAGAAGCCAGAGGCGCCAUUGCUUGGCUGGGUGGCAGAGUCUGAAACAUAUGAGUCCCUGUCUGCUUAUAAGAACUUAGAAACUAAGCCAGGAGUUGUGGUGCUGCGUUUUGAAGCACCCCUCUACUACAUCAACAAAGACUGCUUCAAAUCCGCACUGUAUAAGCAAACUGGAGUCAACCCAGCCUUGGUGAAGGCAGCAAAGAAAAAGGCAGCAAAAAGAAUGCUUAGAGAGAAGGAAGCGGGUUCUGGUGGCAGCCAGACCAAUGUUUCCAUGGAGCUUGUGUCCGAGCCGUUGGGGUUUCACACAAUAGUGAUUGACUGUUGUGCAGUACAGUUUCUGGACACAGCAGGAAUACGCACGCUCAAAGAGGUCUGCAAGGACUACAGUGAGAUAGAUGUCCAGGUGCUGCUGGCACAGUGCAAUCCUUCGGUGAGGAGUUCCCUAAUGCGGGGAGAAUUCUUCAAAGAGGGGGAGGACCAUCUUCUCUUCCACAGUGUGCAUCAGGCCGUGGACUUUGCACUGGGUGCACAGGAGCACAGCAGGACCUGUGCUUCUAAGAACUAGUUGGAACAAAGCCUGGAAAAAAUGAGCACUGCUUUAUGUAUGGAACUGAGUGAAUGCAUCUCUUAAGUUUUUCAUAAUCUGUAUACGAACCAAAGAGUUUCAUAUGAACAUUCAUCUCAUUUCUCUUCUGUCAUCAACUUCCCAUUUCUUAAUUCCCCUCUGUUUUGGUCAUCAGCAUGGAGGUCUUUCUGAAUGAGACAGGCUUUAGAAGCAUUCUAGGCUACCCAUCUAGCUGAAUGCUACAAGGCAACUCAUUUCUUGUUCCCAGUUGAGAAAUUGCUUUUUCAUAUCAUCACAGCCCUAUAUUUUUAAGGAAUGACUGACAGGUACUGUUCAUUCUGUUUUUUAUCACACUGUGAUUGGUUGGUUGUAUUAGGACAGAGAGAUAAGGAAAAUCAUGCAACAAAAAAGUCCUAAUGCAUAGCUUGUAACUUACCUGUCACCUCUGGACGAUGCUUUGUCAUCGUGUGUUGACAGCCAAAUGCAGCUGUAUGAGCAGGGGCAGGGUUAUCUAAUUUCUGUGCAGUCCCUUACGAGCCAGGAAAGAUUGCUCUUUUGCUUUAAUCUCUUUGGAUAAUCUCUCUGGAAGUAUUUUUAUUUGGACAUGAUUGAUUAGAAGUCUGAUUCAUACUUACGGUCAAUUGCUUGUUUUGUUAGUAUUUAGGAGUGCUUUAGGAUUGUGGACAUUAGAUAUGAAAGAUCUCCAAUUCGUGGGUUGCAACACAAUACAAGCCAGUUUUACUUGCCAUACUGACAGAACCACAGAUAGCACACAGAAUGAAAAGGGCCCCACAGAUUAUCCAGCAUCUGGCCAAAUCUGCCUGUGCCAUGCAGACUUCCUGUGUGAAUGCAGGUUUUAUUGACCAUAAACCCUUUACAUAUGCUCAGUCAUGAGUCUUUUGUAAUGGAGAUGUUGGCCAAGAAGAGAGGGAAUCAGAAAAAGAGCCAGAAAGAAAUGUGCUGAAAGCUCUUCACCACCUUGGUGUAAAUAAAACUUUGUACUCUGCUGUUAAGUUAUGCAGAACAGUGAAAAGUCCCUAUUGUUCAUGUCGAAAUAAAGGCACUGGAUAGGAAGUCGUUCUUUGUUCUUACAGCAAUAGAAUACAAUUAUGAAAGCAUAAUUGAAAGAUUAACUUUUCUUUACUGACUGCCAGGGGAGUUCAUAGUCUGAACUGCAGUUUCUGGACAGCUUUUAAGAGGGAAGAGGUGUUGUAUAUGACAGUAAGCUCAUCCUUAAUCAUUCAAAAAUGAGUCAGGAAUCAGAAAAGUAAGCAAAUGCAAUGUAAAUCAUGAAACAUUUUGUAAAUGGAAAUACAUUUUCCAUUUAGGAUGAUUUUAUUUUUCUGAGCAAUUAGGAACUUUCCCCUCAUUUCGGUGAAAGCUGAAAUGUCACACGGCGCUUCAGUCUAGGAGCUGAGAGCUCAAGAGAAAGGACAGAAGGAAGUUAAGUCCCAGGACCUGGCAACGUUUAUAUGCUAGGUGAACUUAGUACAUUUUUUAGGACAUCAUAGGAGUGUAUAAGAACAUUUAGGGAGUGGACAGGGUGGAUGCUGCAUGUAUGGAAAAGGAUCACAUAACUGAGAUCCUUGAAUUGGACUUAGGAAGGCAACAGAAACUUCAAACAUCAGAGAUUCUAAAGCUUCUGCAGCGUUCAAAAAACCACAAAUAAUUUAGCCUUAAGGCAUGUUUAUACAAGGAGAUGAAUCCCAAAUAGCUACUGCUGAUUUUUUUUUUCUUUUCUACAUAAACUUUCAUUCUGUGCUAAGAAUCCCUUUUGCGCUUUGGGUAAUUGCAGGGACCAAGUUUGUGUUGUCAAAGAGGGAGCAGCUCCAGCAGCCGGGAUCCUGCCACAGGACAGCUUUCAGCUCUAAACAAAAUUGCCCAUGCCAUUUAUUCAUUUUCACCGCGUUGCCCCUCAGGCAUGGGCAGCUCAGGGGAAUGAGCUGCUCUGAUGGUCCUGCAGACUUCCUCCUGGGCAGGGAUGGAAGCGCGGUAGAAGGUGCUGUGGUGAAUCUUUCCUGUCUGCACUCCUGACUUCUACCCUUUCCACGCUGCCCAGGAGAGGAUUUUUUGAUUUGUGACAAUGCGCAGUGAUAACAGAAGAAGAAAAUAAAAAAGUAUUUAUUAAA